GUAGCUCACCGUUCAUUUCUAAAACGGUCGAUGAACAACUCUGGGGAAAAUGCUGCAAACCUUCCGAAUUUACGCAACACUUUAUCGAGCUCUAGUCAUCAAUGAACAACCACCGUCUGGACGACGACAACAAUGUUCUGCCCCGUGUCGGAGCCUGCUCACCUGGUGCUGACCCCCGUGUGUGACCCCUCCCUGUAAGGGACCGUCCUCCUCCCCCCCCCCGUCCCACACCCCCGGAGACCCCCCCCCCCCCCCCCCUGGGCAGGGCUGGCAGCACACCCAGGGUCAUGUUCCACCUGAUCAAGAAGGACAAGGAACGGGAGUCUCUGCGGAAGGAGAAGAAGGAGAAGAAGGACCGCAUGUCCCAGGCCGACCUGUGCAGCCUGGAGGAGAUGAGCGUCCGCCGGGGCUUCUUCGGCCUGCACCGCGGCGCCUCCAAGAGGGACUCCAAGACGCGGCUGGAGAUCUCCAGCCCCAUCCCCAUCAAGGUGGCCAGCGACGCCGAGCUCAGCCUCACCGACAUCCAGGCGGACCCCCUCCCCGGGGCGGAGAAGGACCCCCACCGCCGGGGCUCCGUGAAGGAGCGGGCGGCCAUGUUCGGCCCGGUCCUCACCAAGACCCCCUCCCAGGCGCUCAUGGACCCCCCGCCCGCGCCGCUCCCCCUGGCCCCGGCGGCCGACGGGUUCGCCGACGCCCGGUUCGGCGUCGUCCACUACCCCACCCUCGCCUCCCACCCGGGGGGCGACGCCGUCGUGGGGGAGCUUCCCCGGCAACGCCCCCCCCUAGGGCACCCCCCCGCCACCCGCGUCCCGGAGCUGGUGGAGAAGACCUUCCCCGGGGCGGACCUGGCGCUGCCCGCCGUGGCGGUGCAGCCGCCGCCGUCGCCCCGCGUGCUGGACGUGGCGCGCCGCAACACGGGCGACUUCGGCUUCUCCCUGCGGCGCACCACCCUGAUGGAGCGGGGGCUGGACGGGCGGCCCUGCCGCCGCGUGGUGCACUUCGCGGAGCCCGGGGCCAGCACCCGGGACCGGGCGCUGGGGCUGGUGCCCGGGGACCGGCUGGUGGAGAUCAACGGCGUGGGCGUGGAGAGCCGUAGCCGCGACGACAUCGUGGAGAUGAUCCGCCGCUCGGGGGACUCGGUGAGGCUCAAGGUGCGGCCCAUCUCGGAGCUCAGCGAGCUCAACCUCUGCUGGCUCAGGAACUACCAGGACCCGCCCCGCGACGGCUACUACGAGUUCCGCAGGCGCCCCCCCCUCCCCGUGUUCCACGUUGUCUGGGGUGUCCUCCAGCCCCCUGUUGUGUUUGUCCGCCGUCCCGUCCUCAUCUGGCCCAUGUCCACUGGGCAACCACAUGGCUUACAAAUCACGCUUUUCAUUCUGGGAACAAAAGGGAAGUCUGGUGUAUGUGUAUACCAUAUCCUAGCACCUGCAUCAGGCCCCACAGUGUGUCCUCCCUGUGUCCAGUCCGACUCCGACAGCCCCCAGCCAGUAGCUAGUCAGGACUCCGCCCCCCUCGCCGCCCCUCAGCCAAUCACAUCGUCCGCCACCGAGUCGUCCGCUAGCGACGGCGCCAUGUUCGGCGGUGGCAUGUUCGGUGGGGGCCGGAGGCUGCUGAGGCCCGUGCCCCCCCCCGGGGCGACGGAGGACCCCCCCCGGCCCGGCGGACCCUCCGAACCCCCAAAGACCGCUGGCCCCGCCCCCAACGCCCCGCCCAGAGCGGCGGGGGGGCGGCCCGAGAAGGACGACAUAUCGGCCGGCCUGGCCAGCCUCAUGGGGCGGGGCCGCACCAAGGAGCACAGGCCACGCCCCCGCAACCUGGACCGCCGGGACGACGCCCCCCAGCCCGGCGACGCCCCCCAGCCGGACGACCCGGACCCGGAGCCCGAGGGCGGGGCCCCCAAGGAGAAGGGGGAGGAGGAGGAGGAGGGAGCAGAGCCAGCCGCGGCCGCCCCCCCGGAGACGACGACGAAGACGUCGGACCCCCCCGCGGCUGCGCCGAAGAGCGAACCCCCCCUCAGUCCCCCCACGCCCGCGCCGGGCUUCCUGUCCGGCCUCAGGCCCGACCCCCUGGCGCCGCCGCCCGGGUUCAUCCCCGCCGCCCCGAGGCCCCACCCCCUCAGCCCCCCCGCUGGGUUCAUACCGGCCCCCAGGCCCGCCUCCCAGACCCCCAGACCCAACCCCCUGGCGCGGCCCCCGGGGUUCGUCCCGGUCGCCCGCACGGACCCCCUGGCCCCCCCGCCCGGCUUCAUCCCCAAGCCCCGCAACUUCUCCGUCAAGAAGCCGGCCGAGGUGAAGGCAGCACCUGGCUCCUCUGUGGCCCCUGGCGGCCCUCUCUUACCUGGGGGGGCCCCGCCCCCCGUUGCCUCCGCCCCUAACGACCAGGCUCCAGAGCUCGUCCCCACCGAGGAAGAUCACAAGCGUGUGAAGAAGAUCUUCUCCUUCAACGCCCCGAAUCCUGCCAAGAAGCCUGCUCCCUCCCAGCCCCGCCCGGUUCUGGACCCGGUGGCCCUGCUGACGGCCGCGCACGCCGCCGCCAAGCAGGCUCAGGGGAAGACAGAGGAGCAGCUAGCUGCAGAGCAGGCCUGGUACCUGACGGACAAAGUAUGGCUGGUCCACAAAGAUGGAUUCUCCCUCGCCACCCUGCUGAAGACGGAGGCCGGCAGUCUGCCCGAGGGGAAGGUGAAGGUCAGACUGGACAGCGACGGAUCCCUGCUGGAGGUCGACGAAGACGAUGUGGAGAAGGCCAACCCGCCCCACCUGGACCGGGUGGAGGACCUGGGGUCUCUGCGCUCCCUGAACGAGUCGAGCGUGAUCCACACCCUGAGGCAGCGCUACGGGGGGAACCUGGCCCACACGCACGCAGGCCUCAACAUGGUGGUGCUCAACCCCGUCAGCACACCCGCCAUGUACUCUGAGAAGGUGAUGCACAUGUUCAAGGGUUGCCGGCGGGAGGACACGGCGCCUCACAUCUACGCCAUGGCCCAGACGGCGUACCGCAGCCUGCUGACCACGCGGCAGGACCAGUCGGUGGUGCUGCUGGGGAAGAGCGGCAGCGGCAAGACCACCAACGCCCAGCACCUGGUCCAGUACCUGGUCACCAUCGCUGGCAGCCCCAGCAGGACCUUCUCCGCGGAGAAGUGGCAGGCAGUGUACACCGCCCUGGAGGCCUUCGGCCACGCCUCCACCUCCCUGAACCCCAACGCCAGCCGCUUCACCCACGUGGUGGCGCUGGACUUCGACCAGGCCGGGCAGGUCACCUCCGCCUCUAUACAGACGAUGCUUCUGGAGAAGACGAGAGUGACCAGGAGACCAGAAGGAGAAGCUACCUUCAACGUCUUCUACUACCUCCUCGCUGGAGUAGACAGCUCUAUGAGAACGGAGCUUCACCUGAACCACUUCGCUGAGAACCACGCGUUUGGAAUCGCUCCUCACCAGAAGGCGGAGGACAAGCAGCGAGCUGCCCAGCAGUUCUCCAAGCUGCAGGCGGCCCUGAAGGUCCUGGGGGUCAGCGGGGAGGAGCAGAAGGCCUUCUGGCUGGUCCUGGGGGCCAUCUACCACCUGGGGGCCGCAGGGGCCACCAAGGCUGGCCGGAGGCAGUUUGCGCGCCACGAGUGGGCCCAGAAGGCGGCCUACCUGCUGGGCUGCUCCCUGGAGGACCUCGCCUCCGCCAUCUUCAAGCACCAGGCCAGGGGCCCCCCGCCCCGGGCCGGAGCCCCACGGCCGGCCCCCGAGGAGGGGGGCGCCGGAGACCAAGCCUCUGGUCUGGAGUGUCUGGAGGCCAUGGCUGCAGGACUCUACUCUGAACUCUUCAACCUCCUUGUCUCCUUCAUCAACAGGGUGCUGAAGAGUGGGCAGCACUCGUUGUGUUCCCUGCUGAUCGUCGACACGCCGGGCUUCCAGAACCCCCGCCUGGCCCGCCGCGAGGGGGGCGGGGCCUCGGGCCAGGAGGGGGGCGGGGCCUCCGGACAGGAAGUGGGCGGGGCCAGCUUCCAGGACCUCUGUCAUAACUACGCCCAGGAGCGACUGCAGAGCCUCUUCCACCAGCGCUCCUUUGUGGACGAGCUGGAGAGAUACAAGGAGGAGAACAUCGAGCUGUCCCUGGAGGGCCUGGAGCCAAGCACCUCGCUGUCCGUGGCCAUGGUGGACCAGGCGUCCAGCCAGGCUCUGGUGCGGACCCUGCGGACGGACGAGGCGCGGGGCCUCCUGUGGCUCCUGGAGGAGGAGGCCCAGCGGCCGGGGGCCUCGGAGGAGACGCUGCUGGAGCGGCUCUUCAGCUACUACGGCCCUGGAGAGAAGGGCCCCCCGGUGCUCCUGCGGAGCGAGCGUCCGCAUCACUUCCUGCUGGGCCACAGCCACGGGACGGACUGGGUGGAGUACGACGCCCGCCGCUGGCUGAGCCACGCCCGGACCAACCCCGCCGCCGCCAACGCCGCCACCCUGCUGCAGGAGUCCCAGAAGAAGAACAUCCGCUCCCUGUUCCUGUCGCGGCCGGCGGGCGCAGCGGCUCUCUCGGGGUCCAUAGCGGGGCUGGACGGGGCGUCCCAGCUCUCCCUGCGACGCGCCUCCAGCAUCAGGAAGACCUUCACCUCCGGGGUCGCCGCCAUCAAGAAGAAGUCCCUCUGCAUCCAGAUCAAACUCCAAGUGGACACUCUGCUGGACCUGGUCCGGAGGUCCAGGGUCCACUUCGUCCACUGCCUCCUGCCGCGGGCCGACGCGCUCCGGGCCGGGGCGGGAGGAGCAGGCGGAGGAGCCGAGGGCGAGGCGGAGGACGCCUCCUCCCUCAUGCAGCUGGACGUGACGCUGAUCCGCGCUCAGCUGCGCGGCUCCAAGCUCCUGGACGCGCUACGCAUCCACAGGCAAGGUUACCCGGACAACAUGGUGUUCGCCGAGUUCCGGCGACGCUUCGACGUGCUCGCUCCUCACCUGACCAAGAAGCUUGGCCGCAACUUCAUCGUGAAGGACGAGAAGAGGGCUGUGGAGGAACUUCUGGAGGCCCUGGACCUGGAGAAGAGCAGCUACCACAUGGGGCUGAGCAGGCUGGAGGAGCAGAUCAGUCGGAUCCAGAGGGAGAAGAACGACCUCCAGACGCGAAUGGAGGAAGACCAGGAGGACCUCAACGAGCUCAUGAAGAAACACAAGGCCGCCGUCUCCCAGAUCAGUGAUCUCCAGGCCCAGCUGGAGGAGUCCACCAAGGAGAAGCAGGAGAUCCAAGAGAAGCUGCACGCCCUGCAGAGCCAGCUGGAGUUCCAGGUGCAGUCCAUGGUGGAGAAGUCUCUGGUCAGCCGGCAGGAGGCCAAGAUCAGAGAGCUGGACACCAAGCUGGAGUACGAGAGGACCCAGAUCAAGAGACUGGAGAGCCUGGUGAGCCGGCUGAAGGAGAACCUGGAGAAGAUGGCCGAGGAGAGGAACCAGACGAGCACGGCGGAGAACCGGGAGAAGGAGCAGAACAAGCGGAUGCAGAGACAGCUGAGGGACAUCAAGGAGGAGAUGGGGGAGCUGUCUAAGAAGGAGACGGAGGCCAGCCGCAAGAAACACGAACUGGAAAUGGACAUCGAGAGCCUUGAGGCGGCCAAUCAGAGCCUGCAGGUGGACCUGAAGCUGGCCUUCAAGAGGAUCGGAGACCUGCAGGCCGCCAUCGAGGACGACAUGGAGACGGACGACAACGACGACCUCGUCAACAGCCUCCAAGACAUGGUGACAAAAUACCAGAAGAGAAAGAGCAAAACCGGAGACGAGACGGAGACGGACUCGGAGGUGGAGGACCGCGUGGACGGCGUCAAGUCCUGGCUGUCCAAGAACAAGGGCUCCACCAAGGCCCCGUCGGACGAGGGCAGCCUGAAGAGCGCAAGACACGCGGCCAACGCAGGCCCCAAGGAGGGGAAGGAGGGCAAGGAGAAGGCGUCGGACGGGGGGAGAGAGGGUCAGGAGCCGGACCUGAGCCGCUCGGUGUCGGUGAUGAGCACCCUGAGCUACAGGAAGCGCUCCAACCUCAAGGACUCCAUCGGGGGGAAGGGCGACGAGAGCUCGCUGUUCAGCGCGCUGAAGGAGCAGCCCGACGGCCACGACCACGCCGCCCUCCGCAAGGCCAAGGCCAAGCCCGGCGGCGGCGGCGACGCCCCCGACGACCGCAGGAAGUCCACGGCCGACGACAUGGACGACCGCGGCUCCGUCAUCUCCGCGGUGUACUCGGAGGCGGCCAGCCGCGCCCGCAAGGGCCUGGACCGCCGCUGGACCGCGUCCCGCGGCGGCGGCGCGAGCCCCGACGCCGACUCCGUGGUGUCCUCGCUGGCGCCCAGGCGGCGGCCGGCGGCGUUUGACGACGACGACGACGACGACAAGUCGACGAUCAGCAGCGUGAGCCGCUUCAGCCCGCGCUCGCUGCAGCGCAGCACGUCCUGGAAGGAGGAGCGCCGCGCCGGCUCCCGCCUGUCGCUGGCGCGCAGCUGCGGCCUCAGCGAGUUCGGCGUGUGCGUGGACGACGACGAUGACGAGGACGCCCGCAGCCUGGCCUUCACCGGGGGCGGGGGGUCGUCCUACAGCCCCCGCUCGCCGCGCGGCCGGAGCUACUCCCAGCCGCCCCGGCCCCGCUCCUCCGAGGGGAACGGCGCGGCGGCGGCGGCGGCGGACGGCGCGGACGCCAAGCCCGUCACGCACCGCAACUACCUGGACCCUGACCUGGAGGCGGCCAUCAACGAGGUGCUGAGCUUCAAGCCCAUCAAGUUCAAGAGGAGCAAGAUGGAGGACUCCGGCGAUGAGGGGGAGGAGGGGGAGGGCUCGCUGGCACCGGGGGGAGGAGGAGCGGGGGAGGACGGCCGGAAGGGCGUGUCUCGGCUGAAGGGAGACGACGAAGGCCCGGGCCGCAGCACCACCACCACCUCCAGCCUGUCCCGGUCGGCGUCGGGCUCGGCGCUGGACUACGGCCACCGCUCGGCCAGCAGCUUUAGCUCCGCCUCCAGCCGCAGCCGCAAGCCCAAGAAGAAGAGCAAGGCGUCCUCCUCGGAGAGCUCCUCCUCGGACGCCGGCCGCAGCCGGAGCCGCAGCUCCAAGGGGCAGAAGAAGAACAAGAAGUCCAAGAAGAGGUCCAAGAAGAAGGAGGCCAGCGAGUCGGAGGACUCCUCCUCGUCCUCCUCUUCCUCCUCCUCCUCGUCCUCCUCCUCGUCUUCGUCCGGGAGCUCCUCGUCGGGCUCCACCAUCUCGUACCGGAGCUCCAGCAGCGUGAAGAAGGGUCUGGCGAGGCGGCCGCGGCUCUCGGACGACGACGACGACGACGAUGACGCGCCCCCUAGCCGCUCGGCGAAGCACGGCAAGAAGGAGAGCAAGAAGGAGGGCAAGAAGAAGAAGGAGGGCAAGAAGAAGGUGGACAACCUGGUGAUGAAGUACCUGUACCAGCCCGACAGCGACUGAGAGCCCAGGCCGGUGGGACGGCGAGCGUCCUCCAGUGUACAGAAGACACCUGUGUGGCCCCCGACCAGAGGAGGAUGCCGGAGACCCCCCCACGCAGCCUCCGACGCUGAGACCCCCCCUGGACCCCCCAGCGCCGGAGACCCAGGCCUGACCCGGCCUCACCUCCCUCUUCCUCACCCCCCCUUUCUCACCUCAUCUUCCUCAUCAUCAUCGUCCUAACCUCCCUCACCCUCAUCUUCCUCAACCCCCCUUUCUCAUCUCAUCUUCCUCAUCAUCAUCGUCCUAACCUCCCUCACCCUCAUCUUCC